CACAAACUUGCUAAAAACUGAAGACAAAUAUUAGAGAACCGGCAACGAAUGUCUCUCUCUCAUAGCUCCCAGGAAAAAACAGUGGCUGAUAGCGCCGCUACUGGCGACGGUGCUCAAAGCACCAGUGGAGUAGAUAACAGAGAGCUACCGCCACUGCUUCUGCUCGUCGAAUCCUCGAAUUCUUUUAACUCCUCUCCCGGUUUCUCAGCUCGCGAUGGAGCUCUGCGGCCCUCCUCGCGCUCUCCCGACCCUCCCACGCUGCCGCGAUUUCGCUGCCAACCCAUCUCUCGCCCUCCCACUCCUGCUCCCUCGCCCAUCCCCUACUCUUUCUUCAAGGAGAUCCCUCGCCUUACGCUCCACGCGAGGAUGGAGGGCUGCGGCUUUGGAGGAGACCUCGACGAGGGUUGUUUCGACUGAGCUUGAGAUGGAGUCGAAGGGGGAGGCGCCGAAGAAGGUAGAAGCGGAUUCCUUUCUUGCGGGUUCUAUGCAGGAAGAAGCUCCUUCCUCUGGGGACGAGCAGAGCGAGGCCGCUGAUUUUUUGAGCAAGCUCAAUCUCAAGUUGGACUCUGAAGACACAUACGGCAUUCUUAUUUAUGGAACUGGUGCUCUGGUUGCUCUCUGGAUAUCAUCUACUGUUGUUUCUGCAAUCGAUUCGCUUCCUUUAUUCCCAAAGGUGAUGGAAAUUGUUGGUCUUGCCUUUACAAUCUGGUUCAGCUCUCGAUAUCUGAUCUUUAAGGAGAACAGGGAUGAGUUUUUUGCAAAGAUUGAUGAACUCAAAGAGCAGGUUUUAGGGCGUAGUGAUGAUUAAUACUCUACAGACUAAAAUAUGGACCAAAGUAUUUGCACAUUUAUUUUUGUUUUAUCCAAGAUAACUUGGUGUACUGUGGUUGAGUUAAACAAAUUCAGUGAGAUGUCGGUAGUUAUUAUAUCUUUUCAAUUCAGAUUAUGAAUUAUGUUUUUUAAAUUAAGAUUUUAAAUUUCGUGGGA